GUACAGUAAUAAUACAGGAUAUUUUAUUUUUUUCCAAAAAGGCCCCUACGAGUUACGCCCUUGGAAAUAUAGUAAAAAAUCCACACAGUUGGUUCACCCAUCCGUGCAAGGAUAAAAAUAAAUAAAUGGCCAACACAGAGACAAAAAAAAUAUGGAAACAAAGACGAGGUGAUCUCAAUAUCUUCUCUCUCUUCUUCAAUCUCUCGUACCAAGGCCAGGCACUUAGGCACCCGAGGAAGGGAGUUUCAGAGCGACGAGAGACAGAGCAGGGAAGCGGAGAGAGAAGGGGUGAGGUUGGUGAAAAUGAAGCUUUCUUCGAAGACCAUGUCGAGUCCGGGUCGGACCGAGAAGUUCCCACCGCCAUUGAUGAGGUUUUUGAGGAGUAAUGUGGGGAGCAGAAGCAGAGGUAGGUCACGUUCCAGCCCUAUGUUCGUGAGGAAGAAGAACACUGCUAUUGAAACCCAGGAGCCUUCUUCUCCAAAGGUUACGUGUAUUGGUCAAGUCCGAGUCAGGCGGUCCAAACAGGGCAGUGGCAAGGCUACUAAGGCUCGGAAAAAGACCCGAGGGUGGUGCAGGUGGAUCAGAAAUGCUCUGUGUUGCAACCAUUUCGUUGGGAGGCUGAAGCCUAAGCCAUUUCGACCAGUUUGGCGCAAGUGGGUCUUGUUUUUUCGAGUUCGAUUUCGGAGGAAAUCCGAAAUUAGAGAGGAUUCAUCGAGAAUUGAAUCAAAACUGGAAGAUAGAGUCGAAGAAUCAGAGCAAAGCGACGACGUAGGAAACGAAGAAGAAGAAGCAAGGGUUUUUUAUUCUUCCUCCUUCUCACCACCCAAAAACGCUUUACUGCUAACCCGAUGCAGAUCUGCUCCGUACAGGUCAUCAUCCCUCGCCAGUCGGUUCUGGGGUUCGCCUUUGGCCACAGAGGAAGAGCAAAAAACAGAGCCAGAAAACACAGACCAACAAAACCCCGCAUCGGAAAACGAACCCAGCAGCAGAGAUUCGGCUGCAGAAUCGAGAACAGAUCCAGAAACUGAUAGAGACUCCGAAUAUUUGAACCAAUCUGAAGAUUCGACCAGUGAAAGAAGCACAAAACCCACCAAAACCGAAGCAUUCAAAACAGGGGAAGAAGCCACUGCUCAUCCUCUUAUACUCACCAGGUGUAAAUCAGAACCGGCUAGAACCGGAGCUAGGCUCAACCCGGACACCACUUUGUUUUGGAAGAAGAGAAGUCCCACUGUACAGGCCAUUUCUCCCCAAUAAAAUUCUGCCGCGUCACUAUAUACGACUCUGCUUUCAUGCAUUAUGUGUAUAAAAAAACUUGAUAACUCAGCCUAGUUGCUCCACAAGUGUACAGGUGAAAGUUGAAAGUUGAAACUGCA